AUGCCAAUCGUAUAUGCGCUUGUAUCACGCGAGAAAACCGUCUUGGCUGAAUACACCGCGACGUCUGGUAAUUUCCCUACUGUUACACGUGUUCUUCUCGCCAAGAUCCCACCAACUGAUGGAUCUAUGUCGUAUGUCUACGAUCGUCAUAUUUUCCAUUACAUUGUUGAAAACGGUGUCACUUAUCUUUGUAUGGCAGACGAUGAGUUAAAACGACGAAUUCCAUUUCUAUUUCUAAAUGAAAUGAAAACUUCCUUUCAAACUUUAUAUGGUCCACGUAUUUUCAGUGCGAUUGCAUUUGCAAUGAACGAUGAAUUUCAACAUGAAAUUCAUCGUCUACUUGAUUACUAUAAUGCUCAUCCAGAUGCUGAUGCACUCUCUCGAGUGAAACAACAGAUUGAUGAUGUUAAGGACAUUAUGAUUGAAAAUAUUGAUAAAGUAUUGGAACGAGGUGAAAAAUUUGAAUUACUCGUUGAUCGGACGGAUAAAUUGAAUCGUCAAGCAGUUAAAUUUGAACACUCGUCAAUUCAUUUACGGAAAUCCAUGUGGAAACGCAACCUUAAGCUUUGGUUGUUGCUUGGACUUGUGGGACUCUUUUUUGUCUAUCUUGUAAUCUCCAUGGCUUGUGGCUUUGAUCUUAGCGGCUGCUCUGGGAAGCGUAACAAUGAGUGA